CUUCCCCUUGAAACCUUUCAUCUCUCGCUCCCUCUCUCUCUUUCUCUCUUUCUCUGUUUCUCUCUUUUUCUCUUUCUCUCUCUCUCUCCCCCCCCCUCUCUGUUUUCUUCUAUCUCCUUCUAAGUCUUCCGUUGAGUUCGACCACUCGAAAGAAGAGGAAGCUGGCUCGCUCGCUCGUCCGUUCUUUUCCCCUCUGCGUGGCUUCUCUUCUUUCGCUUGUUUUAACCACCAUUACACCUUCUUAAUCUGGGCUGUGGCCUCCACGUCACUCGUUGCUUCCCUCACUUCGCAGGCAACCUCCUCUCUCGCACGCUUCUCCGCGCCCUUUCAGAUCGACUCUCUUGCCAGCAGGUAUCGACUUUUUAAUAAUACAAUAGAACCGCCACCCGCGCAAUCUGGUCAAUUGUCCUAGCCACAAUGGCUUUCAUCAAGUUCCUCCUCCCGGUCUUGGCUGUCGCCGGCCUAGCAACUGCUGCCGCUGGUGACUGCGACGGCAGAACCAUUCGCAACCAAGGCGACGCCGAUGGCCUGGCUUCUUGCAGGACCAUCGAGGGCGACCUCGAAAUUUCCUCCAAAGUCGCCGGAUCAAUCUCCAUUAAUGGUGUCCAACGUAUCACCGGCAGUCUCAUCUGCAAAGAAGCUGAGGACUUGAGGGAACUGAGUGCUUCAAGUUUGUCGAAAAUCGAAGACACUUUCAUGCUCAGCGGCCUCACUCGUCUGUCUGACCUCAGAUUCGACGCCCUCACGGAGGUCGACAACAUCAACUUCGAGGCCCUUCCUGCACUUCAACAGCUUACUUUCAGUAAAGUAGUCACUAAGGCAAGCAAACUUCGCGUUACAAACACCGAUUUGCGAAAUCUCAAUGGCAUCGACUUGGAGACCGUCGGCGACAUGGAAAUUAGCAACAACCCUCAUAUGACCGAGGUCAACGUCAACAAGAUAACCAAUGCUACUGGUUUCGUCAGCUUCUCUGCCAACUCCGUCAAUCUUAAGAUCAUGUUCCCCAACCUCCAAAAUGCCUUGAACAUGACCUUCCGUAACGCGAGCGAGGUGUCUCUCCCAUCUCUCAAGAAGACUACUGGUCUGCUCGGGUUCUACUCAAACUUUUUCGAAGACUUUUCUGCUCCCAACUUGACUUCUACUGGUGAUCUCGUCCUUGUCGACAACUCGAAGCUGUCCAACAUUUCAUUGCCAGCCUUGGAAACCGUCAGGGGAGCCUUCCAGAUUGCUAACAACACCGCCCUUAAGUCUAUCACCAAUGUCCCCAAGUUGGAGACCAUCAACGGCGCUUUGGAUUUCGCUGGUAACUUCUCUGAGGUCGACCUUCCAAAGUUGGAUGAAGUCCGUGGCCAGUUCAACAUGCAAAGCUCUGGUGACCUUGACUGUGAGCCAUGGGAGAAGAUGAAGGCCAACGUUCGCGGAAAGUUCACUUGCCGUGGUGGCGUAAAGGACCCUCAGUCCCGGAAUCCCAGCAACACUGGCUCUGGCUCAAGCGAAUCCUCUGGCGCUGCUUUCCCUGGCUACGUCCCCCCAAGCGGAAUGACUAUCCUGGCUCUCAUUGGUACCGUUGUCCGCUGCGCUUUCCUUUAGGAACCUUACUCGCUUCUUUUUUCCCAGUUGUAAAAUCCCGAGUUGUUUCAUUUCGUAAAAGGUUCGCAUAUUCACCGUGUGUAUUCAGUAUUCAUUGACGAUAAUAAUUGGUCAUUACCUUUCCUUUGAUGCAAUGUUCCUUGCUGGGCUUCCACAUUGUCAUCGACUGCUUUGUCUGAAGAGUAAUAGGGCACGUGUCAGCCUCAAUCAGGUCUUUAAACAGCAAAGCUAGUGGCCACAAGCUCCAAAAUGUCAAGAAUAUUUGCUCCCUAUCAUAUUUUUCCUUUUUCGGUGA